UGUAAAAAAAAUACAAACACAAACCGAAAAUUGGAGAAUAAAAACGGAAUAAAAAUACGCAGAUGACGUCGUCAAUUAGUGCGGCGGUGCAGCAAAGGCGGCAAAUGCUGCUCAACGUUGAGAAUUUACGGGGACGUGUUCAUCAAGUUCUAAAAUGUGUGAUUAAUCUGCAUAUUGAGUUUUUGGUGCUGGAAUCCAAUGUAGCCGCGUUGCUGGACGAGGUGCGUGAGUUUAACGAUGACCAUGAGGAGAUGCUACGCCUGGAUAGAAUGAUCGAGGCACUGAGGGACUACAGUGGACCCACGAUAUGCCACGAGUGGCCCUAUCCCCUCAUCUUCAAGGGCACCAUUGACGAGGCCCAUGUCGCGCAAAUACUCAAUGCCACCGGUCAGGAGCUGGACAAAGAGCUGGAAAAGGUGGUCAAUGGAAGGGACACUAUCCAGUUGGUCUCGGAAUUGGGUACGACGCACAGGCGAUCCAAGCUCAGGUGGUUCUCUAGGAAAAACAGUCGGAAAAGAGCCGAUAGAGCAAAGGAAUCGAAUCAUCUGAAGGACUCACUAGUCCUUAGAAAUCAUGAACAAAAUUACAUAUAGUCAUAGUUUUUAGUUUGUAUUAUUAAAGGAAUUAAUUACUGUUCAGGUUUAGAGCCAAAAAGCAUCACAAACAAUUUAUAAAAGUUACAUAUUAUUUCGCUAAUGCAAAGUU